AUGAGCGUCGACGCGCAUGAUUAUGCGCCCGGCUUCGUGCCAUCACCAAACCCAGCGCCGGCGCAGCAGCAGCAUCACAACAUCGACAUUGAAGCGCAGUCUCGAUUCCCCAGCGCCGAAAACGACGACAACAACGACGACGACAAUGACCCGACAUCCCCAGGCUCGUUCCCUGCGCCUGUGCGCGUCGACUCGGUCUCAACGCUGCGGCGGCGGCGCUCACGACGCACCAACACUUUACGCUCAUACUACCGAGACGGACUGAGUCCCGAACGGCAGCUACAUGGUGCUGGCAAGGAGCCGGGAAUCGAUCCCAAUUCUGAUCUACCUCCGACCGGGGGCACUGAAUGGGACUACCUCUCGCUUCCCGUCGAUCUCCAUCGACAGUGCGAAAUCACCAUUGUGGAUUUCUCGCAGAAUGAGAUGCGGCAGUAUGCUCUGGAUAAUGAAUCGCUGGAACAGUUCCUGCAGAGGGAAAAGGAGCCAUGGGUGCAGUGUCGUUGGAUCAAUGUGAACGGGCUCAGUUGGGAUGUGAUAAAGAUUCUGGGCAGCCACAAAAACAUCCAUAGGCUUGCAAUCGAGGACUUGAUGCAUCCGCACAAUCUGACCAAGGUGGAUUGGUACUCGGAUCAUGCCUAUAUCGUCAUGUCCCUGCAAAAGCUCAUCAAACUGGGUCAUGAGGAUCGCAAAAGCGGUUCCGACGAUGACAUGGACGAGAAGCGUCCUAAUUCUGAUAGCAGCUCGGAUUCCUCUAAAGAUAGUAUCUCACCGGUCACGGUCAGGCGGAAGAAAUGGCGUGUCAUCCAGGCUGCUCUUCGAGAUUUGCUGAUUCCGCAAGGCCGGAGGCGGGGGAAUGAGAAAGAGCAAGGAUAUAGAAACGAUGCAGGUCUUGGAAGAAGUUCGUCCAACGAUUCGGGUAAUCGUAAUAACAAAGACAAAUACAAAAUGCGCCGAACGUUGCAACGCUUCCGGGGCGGGCCUAAUGAAGAGCGCAUUGAAUUCAUGGAGCGACAUGCGGUGUUGGCUUCGCACGGCUUGGGUGUGACUCUGGAGCAGGUAUCCAUCUUCCUGAAUGCCGACAACACGGUGCUGUCAUUUUUUGAUGAAAGUGCCAGCGAUAUCGAGGCACCAAUUGUCAAGCGAUUGAGCUCUCCCGAGACCAUAUUACGACAGUCGUGUGACGCCAGCAUGUUGGUCCAGGCGAUUAUGGAUGCCAUCAUUGAUCUUGCGAUCCCAGUGACUUUUGCUUACCAAGACGCAAUUGGAGAUCUUGAGGUUGCGGUAUUGACGGACCCAAAUAUCGACCAAUCCAAAAGCCUAUAUGUCUUGACGUCUGAAAUCGCCGUACUGCGCAGCGCCAUGCAGCCCAUGGUGGCAGUUAUCAAUGCUCUUCGCGACCACCGAUCAGAGCCAGUUCACACCCCCGGCCUUGGCACUUUUGUUCCUCUCCCUCAGGCCAUGUCGUCCAGUACGAAUCUGACAGCCGAUGGUUCUUCUUACAUCGGGACUGCGACUCCGAACUUGAAAAGUAUAGGCGGCUCGACGGUCACUAUUAGUGCCAUGUGUCAUACUUAUUUAGGCGAUGUGCUGGAUCACUGUAUCACAAUCACAGAGGGCUACGACCAAAUGAGGAGGUCGGCAGACAACAUGAUUGAUUUGAUAUUCAACACAAUCGGUGCCUAUCAGAACGAAAGCAUGAAGCAACUGAGUUUGGUAACAGCCUUGUUCCUUCCUUUGACCUUUUUGACGGGAUAUUUUGGAAUGAAUUUCGUCCGCUUCAACGGUGUCCAGCAUCAUAGUGAUUCGUAUUUCUGGCAAAUAGCCGUGCCAUUUGUCGUGGUGGUAACAUUUUUCCUAAUGCGUGAUAUGAUCGGACGCUACUUUUUUAAGAUUGCCCAGAAACGGCUUUUCACUUGA